UUGGCCAGAUAGGGUCCAGGUAGGAAGGUCUCCAGUUAAUUCCGACUAUGGUACCUCUGUUAUUGAUUGGAUUGUGUGCCACAGUAUCAGCCUAUUCUGAUGACUGGGACAUUUUUACGUACACUCAAGAAUGGCCUGUUGCCGUCUGCAUAAAGGGUAAAGAGGAGCACCACACUUGUACUAUUCCACCUGGCGUGCAGGGAUGGGGAAUUCACGGCAUGUGGCCAACAAAGACAGGCACAGAAGGACCCACAAGUUGUGGAACGCAGCCGUUCCACGCAGACGCUAUCACGCCUAUUUUGCCGCAUUUGAAGAUUAUGUGGCCAAAUAUGUACGCCGAUACUUCCGUUUAUAGCUUUUGGGAACACGAAUGGAGUAAACAUGGAACAUGCGCCAGUUCCUUGAAUGCCACCUCCACUGAGUACAGAUACUUUUCUAAAGCUCUCGAUCUCUACGCCCGUUUCAAUGGACAGACAAUUUUGGCCAACCAAGGAAUUGUUCCAAGUCAGACCGCAACAUAUGAUAUCAAGACUUCAGAGGCUGCGCUUAAAAAAGAGUUAGGAGUGAACGCUCUAAUUCAGUGUACCUAUGAUCAUAACACAAGUCGACAGGUCAUCUACGAGAUCGAGAUUUGUUUAAGUAAGAACUUCGAACCCGUAGACUGUUACCCUGAUGAAGGGAAUAGUUCUGGGAAGAGGAGCCACCACCACCAUAAAUACAGCAGCCACCCCCAUAGUUCCUGUCCGGAGAGUUACGGCUUCUACUACCCACCCAUCGACGGGGUUUACAGCAACCCUAAUUAAUCACAUUAAGGAAACUUUUUCUUUUAUCAAUAAAAAAUAAUUAAGAGUU